UUCAACCAAUAGCAGGGAAUGUUUGCUGCAGCUAGGUUUGCUGAGCUGAGUGAAACCAAAGUACAGCUAAAGAUGUCCGACAAUGCUGAGUCUCCAACAGAAACACAGAAAGAAGAACUACAUUCACCGUCAGAAAACUCCGCGACCAGUGAGGAGAAGAAAAAAAUCGAUGUGCUGUUGAAGGCUGUGGGAGACACUCCUAUAAUGAAAACAAAGAAGUGGGCAGUGGACAGGGGGAGGACGGUACAGUCCCUCUCUCAGUUCAUUUCUCGCUUCCUCAAACUUGAUGCCAAUGAACAACUGUUCAUCUAUGUCCAUCAGUCAUUUGCACCAUCGCCAGAUCAGGAAGUGGGAGUCCUUUUUGAUUGCUUCGGCAGCGACGGGAAGCUAAUUCUUCAUUAUUGUAAAUCUCAAGCCUGGGGUUAACUUCUUUUUUUGAUGUUUAAUGAAUUUCUUGUAUGCUCCCUCUUUCGAUAUUUGCUGUCUUUCAGAUUGUAUGUAAAUGCUUUUAAAUAAAUAAUUGCAAACAUU